AUGUCGGCCGACCCACAGCUCAAAGCGAUGCCCUCCGCAUUGACUUUGCAUCAUCACGCGAAAUGCUCGACCACCAAAGCUCGCGCAUCUACUCUCGAUCUACCUCAUGGCUCGGUGCCUUUACCUAUCUUCAUGCCGGUCGCGACACAAGCCUCUCUCAAGGGUCUCACAUAUGACCAACUACGCGAUACCGGCUGCAUGCUUUGCCUUAAUAAUACCUACCACCUUGGCCUGAAACCAGGCCAGGAGGUUCUCGAUGCCGUAGGUGGAGCGCAUAAAUUACAAGGAUGGGAUCGCAAUCUCUUGACAGACAGUGGAGGCUUCCAGAUGGUCUCCCUUUUGAAGCUCGCCACGGUCACCGAGGAGGGCGUGCGAUUCCUCAGUCCGCACGAUGGUUCACCAAUGCUCCUCACUCCAGAACACUCAAUCUCCCUCCAAAACUCCAUCGGCUCUGAUAUCAUCAUGCAAUUGGACGACGUGAUCGCGACAACGUCCCCAGACCAUGCCCGCAUUAAGGAAGCGAUGGAACGUUCAGUGCGGUGGUUGGAUCGGUGUAUUGAUGCGCAUAAAAACCCCGAGACCCAGAAUCUCUUUUGUAUUAUCCAAGGUGGUCUGGAUCUCGAACUUCGUAAACAAUGCUGCGCGGAGAUGGUCGCCCGAGAUACCCCCGGAAUUGCCAUUGGAGGGUUGUCAGGUGGUGAGGCCAAGGAAGAAUUCUGCAAAGUGGUGGACACCUGCACUGGCCUUCUUCCAGAACACAAGCCCAGAUAUGUUAUGGGUGUGGGAUAUCCCGAAGAUAUAGUUGUUGCGGUGGCCCUUGGUGCGGAUAUGUUUGAUUGUGUAUGGCCGACUCGGACAGCCCGCUUUGGAAAUGCCAUUGUGUCCGCCGGAACGAUUAACCUGCGGAACAGUUCAUAUGCCAAUGAUUUUAGCCCGAUUGAAGAGGGCUGUACAUGCAAAUGCUGCCGGCCCACAGAUCAAGGCGGCCUUGGACUCACCAAGGCAUAUAUGCAUCACGUCACCGCGAAGGAAACUGUUGGCGCUCACCUCCUGACGGUUCAUAAUGUUCACUACAUGUUGACUUUGAUGGGGGCCGCCCGGCAAGCUAUCAUCGAAGACCGAUACCCUGCCUUCAUUCGCAAAUUCUUCUCCGAUAUUUACGAGGGCGAUAAAACGAAGUAUCCUGAAUGGGCCGUGGGCGCUCUUCGAGGUGUUGGAAUGGACUUGCUUGAAGAUUAG